AGGCAAGCAGUGUGGUUUCUAGAAAGUAUACAGACUGAGAUAUGUGCUCAAGUGUUUUUGAAAUGCUAAUUCUUCUUAUUUCUUAGUUCCUUGUUUGUUUCACAUUUCUUACUUUGGCUAACCUUUGGAAAUACUAGUUUUCUUUAAAUCUUUUGACAAUAGAAAAGAUGGGCAAGAUGUAGUUUUGUUCAAAAUCUCCAGUCCUGAUGCUAGAAUGCCUUAACUUCUUGGUCCUAUUGAGAAAAGUCUCUCUUCUUCAAAAAGUAAAAUAUUCUUAUUUCAUCAGGCAUGCUUCUAUUUCCUAAUGUUUUCUAUAAUCACCCACCUUUCUUGCUUUCAACAAACUUUUAAAAUGCUAAUGACUUAGUGAUGUCCUAAAUUCUGUAUGUGUUCUGAGAGUUCCUUUUUUUUUUUCCACAGAAGGCCUAAGAAUUAGGAGCUGCUGACAUUUCAAUAUGAAGGACAACUUCACCCUCGCCACCAUCAGCAAAAACAUCACCAGCAGUCUUCAUGUCAGACAUGUGAACAUCUCUGGCAAUGAGUCUACCUUUAAUUGCUCACAUAAACCAUCAGAUAAGCAUUUAGAUGCAAUUCCUGUUCUCUACUACAUUAUUUUUGUGGUUGGAUUUCUUGUCAAUACUAUUGUGGUUACGCUGUUUUGUUGUCAAAAGGGUCCUAAAAAGGUUUCCAGCAUUUACAUCUUCAAUCUGGCUGUGGCUGACUUACUGCUUUUGGCUACUCUUCCUCUCUGGGCAACUUACUAUUCUUACAGAUAUGACUGGCUCUUUGGACCUGUGAUGUGCAAAGUUUUUGGUUCUUUCCUGACUCUAAACAUGUUUGCAAGCAUUUUUUUUAUCACCUGCAUGAGUGUUGAUAGGUACCAAUCUGUCAUCUACCCCUUUCUGUCUCAGAGAAGAAAUCCCUGGCAAGCAUCUUAUAUAGUUCCCCUUGUUUGGUGUAUGGCCUGUCUGUCCUCCUUGCCAACAUUUUAUUUCCGAGAUGUCAGAACCAUUGAAUAUCUAGGAGUGAAUGCUUGCAUUAUGGCUUUCCCACCUGAGAAAUAUGCCCAAUGGUCAGCUGGGAUUGCCUUAAUGAAAAAUAUCCUUGGUUUUAUUAUUCCUUUAAUAUUCAUAGCAACAUGCUAUUUUGGAAUCAGAAAACACCUACUGAAGACCAAUAGCUAUGGGAAGAACAGAAUAACUCGUGACCAAGUCCUGAAGAUGGCAGCUGCUGUUGUUCUGGCGUUCAUCAUUUGUUGGCUUCCCUUCCAUGUUCUGACCUUCCUGGAUGCUCUGGCCUGGAUGGGUGUCAUUAAUAGCUGUGAAGUUAUAGCAGUCAUUGACCUGGCACUUCCUUUUGCCAUCCUCCUGGGAUUCACCAACAGCUGCAUUAAUCCCUUUUUGUAUUGUUUUGUUGGAAACCGGUUCCAACAGAAGCUCCGCCGUGUAUUUAGGGUUCCAAUUACUUGGCUCCAAGGCAAGAGAGAGAGUGUGUCAUGCCGGAAAAGCAGUUCCCUUAGAGAAAUGGAGACCUUUGUGUCUUAAACAUGACAGUGGAAUGUAUGUUAUCAACAUGGCUGCUUGUUUGAGGUCUCCUUGAAUUAUAUUUUAAUGGCUUUCGUAAAACAAGUUUUCUCCCUUAAUGUAAUCUUAUCUCACUCUUCUAGAACAGGAAAUCAGAUGUAAAUUGAAGUUUUAGUCUCCAGUGACUUUCAAGCAUUGCCUCUUUUUUUCUGGCCUCUCAGGACAAAACUGUCAUUUGGGAGAUGGAUCCAUAACCUAGAAGUAACUGUGGAUUUAUCUCAAACUAUAAUUAACAACAAAUUGUGAAUGAUGAUUUGGGAUUUUAGAUUCUCCCUGACAAAUGCUGGAGUUUUUAUUGGCUUUUUUU